UGAUAUCUAUCACAAAAAAUUGAAACAUUUUUAUUUUGAAACAAAGCAAAACAAAACAACAACCUUCAUACCCAUUUCCUAAGUAGUUGUUGUUUGAGAAAAGGAAGAAGAUGACAACGCCGCCUCUUCAAUCUUCAUUACAAAACCAAAACGCUUCUCUUUCUCUUUCAUCUUCCCUUUGCUAUUCUCAAUCUCACGCAUCACUUGUUCCCACAAAAAGGGUCAGUGUGUGUUACAGUUACAAAGGAGGAGUCUCUGUGACUUGUUCCAUUUCAAAGAUUCACAAUUAUGGUACCGUUGAUUACGAGCGCAGACCCACUGUGAAGUGGAAUGCUCUAUACAAGAGGAUUUCUUUGAUGGAUAAUCCUGAAUUGGGUUCUGCUUCUGUUUUGAAUCAGUGGGAGAAUGAAGGCAAAAGUCUCACAAAAUGGGAACUUUGUAGAGUUGUUAAAGAAUUGAGAAAGUACAAAAAACAUGACAGAGCCCUUCAGAUAUAUGAUUGGAUAAACAAUAGACCAGAGAGGUUUAGAAUAUCUGCAAGCGACGCUGCCAUUCAGUUAGAUCUAAUCGCAAGAGUUCACGGAGUUUCUAGUGCAGAAGGAUUUUUUUUGAACCUCAAUGAUUUAAAAGACAAGAGGACAUAUGGUUCCCUCUUGAAUGCAUAUGUUCAUUCUAGAUCGAGAGAGAAGUCAGAAUCUUUACUCGACGUAAUGAGGAGUAAAAGGUACUUAAUCCAUUCACUACCGUUUAAUUUAAUGAUGACUCUGUAUAUGAACCUUCAGGAAUAUGAUAAAGUUGAUAUGUUGGUUUCAGAAAUGAAAGAAAAGAGCAUUCAGCUAGAUAUAUAUACAUAUAAUAUCUGGUUAUCUUCUUGUGGAUCUCAAGGAUUAAUAGAAAAGAUGGAACAAGUAUUUGAACAAAUGUCAAAGGAUCCUAGCAUUGUGCCUAACUGGAGCACAUUUAGUACAAUGGCUGCAAUGUACAUUAAGAUGGAACUGUUUGAAAAAGCCGAAGAGUGCUUAAAAAAAGUCGAGGGUAGAAUAUUAGGUCGAGAUAGAGUACCUUUUCAUUAUCUCCUUAGUUUGUAUGGAAGUGUUGGAAACAAAGACGAAGUUUAUCGUGUGUGGAAUACCUAUAAAUCAAUGUUUCCAAGUAUACCAAACUUGGGAUACCAUGCUGCUAUUUCUUCUCUAGUCAGAAUGGACGAUAUUGAGGGUGCAGAAAAGCUUUAUGAAGAAUUGGUUUCUGUAAGGCCGUCUGAUGAUUCUAGAAUAGGAAACCUUCUCAUAAGUUGGUAUCUUAAGAAGGGAAAAUUCGAUAAAGUUUUGAGUUUCUUUGAGCAUAUGACUAAGGGUGGCGGAUGCCCGAAUUCAACUACAUGGGAGCUUCUUUCUGAGGGUCAUAUCGCUGAAAAGAGGGUUUCGGACGCACUGUCCUGCUUGAAGAAAGCUUUUAUGACUAGUGGUUCAAAGAGUUGGAAACCAAAGCCAAUAAAAUUGUUGGCAUUUCUUAAGCUUUGUCGAGACCAAGACAAUAUGGAGAGCGCUGAGGUUUUAAUUGAGUUGUUGAAGAAAUCAGGAUACGAUAAAGAUGAAGCGUUUGCUUCACUCAUUGGUGAAGAUGAAUUGUCAAACAGGAUGGAAACAGUUGAUAGAACUGAAUGUAUUGUUGACAAUGAAAACAUAGAUGAUGAUGACUCUCAAGUGUUGUUCAACCAAGUAGAGAGUAGCUUUUGACUAAUGGAAAAUGGGUUGCUAGAACAUUGAAGGGAAUAUUUUGAUAUUCUUUUUCUCAAAGCUUCUAUGGGUUAUCAAGCCAGAUAUGAAGUGCUAGCUGCUAUUUGAACUACAACAAGUUUGGAACUUUUAUGCUAGCUUAGGACAUGGGCUUGUGAUGUUUUGCUCUAAUAGGAAUUGACUCUAAUGCAUGUCAUUUGAGGCCAUCCUUAUGUAUGUUUUUUAUGAUUUGUUUGUCUUUUUAAAUAUGAUUUUUUAAGACUUGGACUAAAGUAGUGUUACAUGGAUGAUAGUUUGAAAUUGGACCCUUACUAGAAAAUGGUACAUAUAAUGUAUAUGUUACUUCCUUGGUUCCUUUUCCUUUGUCUUCACCAUGUUAUGGCCGAGCUGCAAGACUUUAUUCUAAGGAAGAUUAAUUAACUAGUGUGGGCAAUUUAUGCAAGUGAGGAGUUAUAAUCCAUUUUCUCUUUUUUUGUGGUUGACAAGUUCAAAGAGUUAUAAUCCAUUUGUCAUAUGGCAAUUUACAUUGAAAAAAUAGCAAAGACUUUGUAUUUGCACUUGUUGGGUAUGACUCAUAGGUGGUCAGCUUGCUGAUUUGGUGUACAUUUAGACAAAGUGAUGAGAUCACAGUCUUGGUGUUUCUUAUUGCUGUAAUUUGAUGUAGAUUUUAUGGACACAAAUUUUGAAAGAGGAAAUUACCGUCAAAUGAGCAAGAAUCUUGUUCUCAACAACAAUAUAAUGUCAUUUUAUAUGUAAAAUGUAAAUCAAGUACAGUGUAAUUUUUUUGGUA